AUGCCCGAGACCCUCUUUGCCCGCGCCUGGCCGCUGCUGCUCCUGCUGGGCACCCUCCUUGGCGCGAUGGCCGCACCUCCGCCCUGGCGCUGCGCGCCCUGCUCCGACGAGAAGCUGGCGCUCUGCCCGCCAGUGCCCGCUUCGUGCCAGGAGCUCGCCCGGCCAGCGGGCUGCGGCUGCUGCCCGACGUGCGCCCUGCAGCUGGGUGCGGCAUGCGGCGUGAGCACCGCGCGCUGUGGCCGCGGGCUGAGCUGCCGAGCGCUGCCGGGGGAGCCACGGCCCCUGCACGCCCUCAUCCGCGGCCAGGGCGCCUGUUUGCCUGAGCCAGACGAUGCUGGUACCUCCCCUCACUUGAAGGACUACUCAGACCCAGAGAACGGGCCUGCUGAGAGUUCAGAGAUGACACAGGAGCAGCUCCUGGGCAGCUUCCACCUGAUGGCCCCUUCUGGUGAGGCCGAGUCUAUCCUCUGGAACGCCAUCAGCACUUACCAGAGCAUCAAGUCUCGCGAGAUCACGGGCAUCAAAAAAUGGAAGGAGCCAUGCCAAAGAGAACUCUACAAAGUACUGGAUAGAUUAGCCAAGGCUCAACAGAAGGCUGGAGAAGAACUUUACAAAUUUUAUCUACCAAACUGCAACAAGAAUGGAUUUUAUCACAGCAAACAGUGUGAGACAUCCUUGGAGGGCGAGGCGGGGCUCUGCUGGUGUGUGUACCCAUGGAAUGGAAAGAAGAUCCCAGGGGUUCCAGAGGUCAGGGGAGACCCCCACUGCCGUCAGUAUUUUAAUUUACAAAGCUGA